AUGGUAGAUCCAAAAAAAUUAUUAAAAAUAUUAAAAUCAUAUGAACGUUUUAAAUUAUUAACGAAGGCAAUACAAAUGGUAGCAUUGUCACAACUUUCUUCUUUAAAGAAUAAAAUAGCAUCUAGACAAUAUGCACUAGGCACCAUCACUCCUUUCUUUGGAACAAGUAAUUAUUCGGACAAAGAUUCUUCAUAUCUUAUGCUUUCUAUUACAGUAGAUAAAAGUUGUUGUGGGCCUCAUAAUGGUAAUAUUUUAAAAGCAAGUAAACUAAUAGUAGAGGAAUUAAAAGAAAAAAAUAAAAAUAUUAAAUUAAUUUCAAUGGGUAGAAAAGCUAAGUAUUUUUUUAAAAAAUAUUAUAGAUCUUUUCAAAUUUUAAAUAUUUUUAAUUUAGAUAAAGAACCACUUUCUUUAUUUACUGCAAUUAUUACAUUAGAGAGAUUCAUGGAUUAUAGCUUUGAUAGAUUUUUAAUUAUUUUUAAUAAAUUUUAUACAGCUUUUACACAAAAAGUAUCUUUUUAUGAUAUUUGUUCUUUUUCUUUUUUUACUACAAAUUUAAUAGAAAGAACUAAAGAUGCUAAUAAAACAGCUCAUGUAUGUAGUGCUCUUUUAAAUUCUACAGGGGUUGAUUCUAAUUUUAGUUCUUUAUUAUAUGAUUUUUAUAAUUAUGCUGUUUCUUUAAUUUGUUUGGAUGCUUUAGAAGAAAAUGAAUAUAGUGCACUUGGAGCAAGGGCAACAGCAAUGAAUAAUGCUACAAAGAACGUAUCUGAAUUAAUUGAUAGUUUUCGUUUAUUGUAUAAUAAGGCUAGACAAGAGACUAUUACAAAUGAACUAAUUGAAAUAGUUUCUUGUGUUAAUUUUGUAUAG